UUCCGGUUGUAAACUAAACAACAGACAGUGGAAGAACGAGAAGUGCAAUUAGUUGAUGUUAGCAACUUUUCUGUAGCUAAUGUAAAGCUGGGGUUCCUCUGAGCUGGAAACGAAAACAUGAGCGGAUUACUGCGGAUGUAGCUUUUUGCUCUUAUGGCUGUUGUGCCUGCAAGCUCUGAGAGAGAGAGUCAGGAUGUUUUCAGCCAACAUGGAAACAAAAAGAGUGGAGAUCCCCUCCGGCGUGUUGGACGACCUCUGCAGCCGGUUCAUCCUGCACAUCCCCAGUGAGGAGAGGGACAACGCUAUCCGGGUGUGCUUCCAGAUUGAGCUUGCCCAUUGGUUCUACCUGGACUUCUGCAUGCAGAACACUCCAGGAGCUCCUCACUGUGGGAUAAGAGACUUCGCCAAAGCUGUCUUCCAUCACUGUCCAUUUCUGUUGCCCCAUGGAGAGGAUGUGCAGAAAGUCCUAGAACAGUGGAAAGAGUACAAGAUGGGUGUACCUACUUAUGGAGCAAUCAUUCUAGAUGAAUCACUAGAAAAUGCGUUGCUUGUUCAGGGUUACCUGGCGAAGUCAGGCUGGGGCUUUCCAAAGGGGAAAGUGAAUGAGGAUGAAGCUCCUCAUGACUGUGCAGUUCGUGAAGUAAUGGAGGAGACAGGCUUUGACAUCAAGAAUCGCAUCUGCAAAGACAUGUACAUAGAGCAGAAAAUCACUGACCAGCUGGUGCGGCUCUACAUCAUACCAGGAGUGUCAAAGGAUACCAAGUUCAACCCAAAAACAAGGAAAGAGAUCAGGAACAUUGAGUGGUUCCCUAUUGAGAAGCUGCCAUGUCACAGGAACGACAUGACCCCAAAGUCUAAACUUGGACUUGCCCCCAACAGGUUUUUCAUGGCCAUUCCAUUCAUAAGACCUUUGCGAGAAUGGAUCAGCAGGCUGAAAGGCGAGUCUACAGAUAGCGAUGAAGAUUUCGCAAACAAUGGCAACACUCCAUGCAAACCUUCAGACAUUGCUCGGUCAAAAUCCCGACGCCUCACGGGUACUGAUGCUUUUCCAGGAGACGACUGGGCCAGACACAAACAGCAGAAGGCCCUGAGCCAGUAUGAGCUGAACCAGAACCCAAAUUUAAAAGGCAAUGGGAAGAACAAGGACUCACCUUGUGCGAAGAAAGGCGCCAAUGACAAUGGGGUUAACAACCAGCAGGUGAAAACCAUAUUAAAAGAAGAUAAAAAACUUCAACCCAGAAGACUGCAAGACAGUUUUGAGAGAGAUGUGGCUCCAUGCAGCCCUACCAAUGGUAACCAGACAGUCCAAAGCAGAGACUGUGACCACCUGCCGUCUUCCAAGACUUUUCUCAAUUUCAAAUUUGACAAAGACGCCAUCAUGAAAUGUUUUGACUACUGACAUGGCUGAUAAAGCUAUGUGCCUCUCCUGUGACAUCAAACUACGGCCUCAGAGACAUUUUACCUGACAGUCCAGACAGGGAUGUUACUGAGCAUGCCCUUUUCCUUCUUGCCUUGCUUGUCAGUUUUACAUGAACACUCAUUUACAUUAGGGAGUUGCCCAUUUCCUAUUGAACAUAUUCAUUAAGCUUCACUGGAGUUGUUUGCCUGAUUAGAUAACCUAACAGCACAGUCUUCAGUCUGUCCAAGACUCAAUCCUAACUUUAGUUUUCACUUAAUAAUAAUUGAAUACCUAAAAUUGUGGUUAAAUCUGAAGGAGAUGACACAUAGACCAUAAGGAGAGGUCUGCUCUGUUAAACCAUUAGUCUUUGAAAGGCAAAGAUCAAAAGCUUUGAGAACAUUAUGGAUUUUAAGCACAUGUGAAGUGAAAAUGAAAAGUAAAAGAUUCAUCUGUGAUAUCUCAGUGAAUUUGACCAGUAAAUCAACGUUAAAAUGUAUCAUGUUCUAUAUUGUUUUUAUGAUGUAAUAAUCUGGGCAUUGGUCAUUUCCUCCAUUCUUAUAAUUGAGUACCAAAAUGUUUUGGAUGCUUAAAAAAGAUGGGUAUUAAUAGUAUUAUUGGCUUUAUUACCAAAUUACUUAAGAUUUUAUGCAGGAUUGUAGAAUAUAAUGGAAUACUGACAUGAGAAAGGAAGAACAAUUGGUCUUCACAAUAUAAAUAUCAUGUCAAAUUCAUGUUACUAUGUUGUACGGAAAUCUGUUGCUACCAGUAUUAAAAUAAGAUCAUUAAAUCAAGUUGAUAUUUCAAAAUGUAUGAUUGCAUUGACACAUAAUUUUAAGUGUACACUAAAGUAUGUCACUGCAUAAUGAUAAUAACUAGACUUAUAUUUGAAUUUUAAUUGUGUCCUGUUAGCUCAUCUCUCAUCUUUUCAGUGGCAAUUAAAUUAAAAAAACUCAGGACAUAAUAUAAAUGCAUAAUAUAAGUAGUCCAGAUUGCAUAAAUUAAGGUUGUGCAUUAUCUGCAAUGAAGAUAAAAAGUUUCACAUUUGAUUUAAGUGGGAUUAUGGUAGUGUAGUGCUCAGGAGUCCACUGAAUAAUGGCCAAUGGAUUUUUCAUUUAAACUUUGAUUUUGGCAGUAAUUGUGCAAUUUCCAUUAUAUAUGUGAAAAUUGCAUUGUAAUUUGGCAUACAUUAUGCACUAAUAAAUGGAAAGAAGGCGUUUCAAUUUGAUUAAAUAUUGUCAUUUUUAAUAUUGGUAGCCACCGACUUUCAAAUAUCGUUAUUUGCCUCAAAAGCGACCCAUAUCCUACUUGUGUUUGUCUGGUAAUUCAAGGCUGUUCUGUCCUGCAGACUGCAAGGUUUACAGGUUUAAGUUCCUGUUGAGAUUUCUUAGACCAGAAGUUCUCGAUCAUAGUCUUCAUGGCCCACAGGUUAGCUGCUACAGUGUUUGUGUUGGUGGCAUGAAAAACCUGCAGACUCUUGGGCUAUGGACCAUGAUGGAGGACCAAUGCGAUAGACUACUGUGAACGUUUCAAGUUACUGUCAAAACAUUACAAAUGACUCUCACAAAGGGCCAGGGUUAAAGGAUUUCUAGCCGCUAGAGCUGAAAAUAUAAGCAAAUGCAGUUUUAUAGAAUCAGUAACAGUUUCAGGAGUCUUGAAAGUUAAACCCACAGUCUAGCAAUCUAUAUUUUCUCAAGGGAAUAUCAUAUACAUGCAUACAUGUGAGAUGACUAAAUCUGAAUAUGAGAUCUUGUGAUGUUUGUCACUGGGGAUUCUUUGUUAUUGAUUGUACAGAUGGUGAACUCCAGUUGCCCUUUGGCCUCAGUGGUGUUAUGACUUUAAAUGUGAAUAUUAAUAAAGUUUGUUUUUUCACUCUC